AUGGGCCUGCAUCUUCCUGGGCUGGACGACUACUUCAUCCGCAUGGUGGGCCUUCCCAGUUUCCUGGAUGCCGAUUGCUGCUUCCGGGUGCUAAGAAGCCUGCAGUCGGAGGAGGACUGCUUGAGCCUCGUCCUUGCCAUCUACAAGAACCUGGAGCAGGCCCAUGGAUGCAGCAUGAAUGCUGUGGACAUGUCCUUGGUGUUCCAAGAG